GAGGCCAACACGGACAAGCUGACGUCGUUCAUCAACGCCCUGAACGGCAAGGACGGCAGCGGCUCCCACCUGGUGACGGUGCCCCCCGGGCCCAGCCUGGCCGACGCCCUCAUCAGCUCCCCCAUCCUGGCGGGCGAGGGGGGGGCCAUGCUGGGCCUGGGCGCCAGCGACUUCGAGUUCGGGGUGGACCCCAGCGCUGACCCCGAGCUGGCCCUGGCCCUCAGGGUGUCGAUGGAGGAGCAGAGGCAGCGCCAGGAGGAGGAGGCUCGAAGGGCAGCGGCCGCCUCGGCUGCCGAGGCUGGGAUCGCGGCCACCGCCGGGGAUGAGUCGGACGAUGCCCUGCUCAAGAUGACCAUCACCCAGCAGGAGUUCGGCCGGGCGGGGCUGCCCGACCUCAGCUCCAUGACGGAGGAGGAGCAGAUCGCCUACGCCAUGCAGAUGUCCCUGCAGGGGGCUGAGUUCGCCCCGGCGGAGGCGGCCGAGGUGGAGAGCUCUGCCAUGGACACCUCGGAGCCUGCCAAGGAGGAGGACGACUAUGACGUGAUGCAGGACCCCGAGUUCCUGCAGAGCGUCCUGGAGAACCUGCCCGGCGUGGAUCCCAACAACGAGGCCAUCCGGAAUGCCAUGGGAUCCCUGGCCUCGCAGGCUUCCAAGGAAAACAAGGACAAGAAGGAGGAGGACAAGAAAUGAUCCCCCCCACGUGGGAUCUGCUGGAUCUGCUGGAAUGGGACAAUAAAGGUUUUUCCCAGGGAA